CAAGUUGUUAAACUUUAAGGUGGCGAUCGCUGUGAACCGCGGCUCGCUGCUGUGGUGCUAAGGGGGUUAAUGGCACUGGCGGUGGUGGGGGAUUGCCAUCGCUCCCGUGCAUCCUGCAAGGAAACUGUGAACUGGGAGGCGAUGAGGGAAAAAAACCAAAAACACAGCAACAACACAACAACCUCGUCCUAAGUGUCACUAGGCUGGAAAUCUCCCUUCCACCUGCUCCUGUACGGUGUUUUUCUUUUCCAUCCAAUAACUCACCUGCGGGAACCUCAGACCACGUGCACGGGAGUUGCAGAUUUGCAAACAGAGAUGCUAUCUGCGGUGCUUCGUGCAUCUGUGCUGGGGCUGCGUGGGAGUCAUUCCUCUGUUGGCUGUGGUGUGAGCGAGGAAAGGAGAGGAACAAGCGGCUGAGAGCACAAGGGAAGCACUUCAGCCUGGAGCAGCUGUGGAAAGAGAGAAGAUGAAAGUUCCUAUUCCAAACUUGAUUCUCUUGUAUGCUACUCUAACUCAGAGCUUGAAGGUUGUGACCAAAAGAGGAUCAGCUGAUGGAUGCACUGACUGGUCUGUGGAUUACAAGAAAUAUCAAGUUCUAGUGGGAGAACCUGUUCGUAUAAAAUGUGCGCUCUUUUAUGGAUACAUUAGAGCUAAUUACUCCCUAGCCCAAAGUGCUGGACUCAGCUUGAUGUGGUACAAAAGCUCUGGGCCAGGAGAUUUUGAGGAACCUAUAGCUUUUGAUGGAACUAGAAUGAGCAAAGAAGAAGAUUCUAUUUGGUUCCGACCAACAGUGGUACAAGACAGCGGACUCUAUGCAUGUGUUAUAAGAAACUCAACUUAUUGUAUGAAAGUGUCCAUUUCGCUGACGGUGGGUGAAAAUGACACUGGACUCUGCUACAAUUCAAAGAUGAAAUAUUUUGAAAAAGCUGAACUUAGCAAAAGCAAGGAAAUCUCAUGUCCUGAAAUAGAGGACUUUUUGUUUCCAUUUAGGGAGCCUGAGAUUCUGUGGUACAAGGAAUGCAAGUCAAAGACAUGGAGAUCAAGUAUUGGGUUUAUAAAGGACACUCUUGUCAUUCGGGAAGUUAGAGAGGAUGACAUUGGAAAUUACACUUGUGAGGUAAAAUAUGGCAUCUUUGUUGUCAGAAGAACUACGGAAUUAACAGUUACAGCGCCACUAACAGAUAAACCACCAAAGCUUUUACACCCAUUGGAAAGUAAGCUAACAAUUCAGGAGACCCAUUUGGGGGGUUCUGCUAAUCUGACCUGCCGAGCUUUCUUUGGAUAUAGUGGAGAUGUCAGUCCUUUAAUCUACUGGAUGAAAGGGGAGAAGUUUAUUGAAGAUUUGGACGAUAGUCGAGUCUGGGAAAGUGAUAUCAGGGUUCUCAAGGAACAUCUUGGGGAACAGGAAGUUUCUAUCUCAUUGAUUCUCAAUUCUGUGGAAGAAGGAGACCUCGGCAAUUACUCAUGCUAUGUUGAGAAUGGAAACGGACGCCGGCACGCCAGUAUUCUCCUACAUAAAAGGGAGCUGAUGUAUACAGUUGAGCUUGCUGGUGGGCUUGGUGCUAUUCUGCUGCUGCUUGUUUGUUUAGUGACUAUCUACAAGUGUUACAAGAUAGAGAUUAUGCUCUUCUACAGGAAUCAUUUUGGAGCUGAAGAACUAGAUGGAGACAACAAGGACUAUGAUGCAUAUCUAUCUUAUACCAAAGUGGAUCCUGAUCAGUGGAAUCAAGAAACUGGAGAAGAAGAAAGAUUUGCUCUUGAGAUCUUACCAGAUAUGCUUGAAAAGCAUUAUGGAUACAAGUUGUUCAUACCAGACAGAGAUUUGAUUCCCACAGGAACCUACAUUGAAGACGUGGCAAGAUGUGUAGACCAAAGCAAGCGACUGAUCAUCGUCAUGACCCCAAAUUAUGUGGUAAGAAGAGGCUGGAGCAUCUUUGAACUGGAAACAAGGCUUCGGAACAUGUUAGUCACAGGAGAAAUUAAAGUGAUACUGAUUGAAUGCAGUGAACUGCGAGGAGUUAUGAACUAUCAGGAGGUUGAGGCCCUGAAACAUACCAUCAAGCUCCUCACUGUCAUUAAAUGGCAUGGACCAAAAUGCAACAAGUUGAAUUCCAAAUUCUGGAAACGUUUACAGUACGAAAUGCCUUUUAAGAGGACUGAACCCAUCACACACGAGCAGGUUUUAGAUGUCAGUGAGCAGGGGCCCUUUGGGGAACUGCAGACAGUCUCCGCAAUUUCAAUGGCUGCUGCCACCUCUACUGCUCUUGCCACUGCUCAUCCAGAUCUACGCUCCACCUUUCAUAACACAUAUCAUUCACAGAUGCGCCAGAAACACUAUUAUCGAAGCUAUGAAUAUGAUGUACCUCCUACCGGCACCCUGCCGCUUACCUCAAUAGGUAACCAGCAUACCUACUGCAACAUCCCUAUGACACUUAUAAACGGGCAGCGGCCACAGACAAAAACUAACAGGGAGCAGAAUCCAGAAGAGGCUCACACAAACAGUGCGAUACUGCCCCUCUUGCCACGGGAGACCAGUAUAUCAAGUGUCAUUUGGUGACGGAAAUGCAAGGGGCUGUCCAUCCCCUUGAGUAGAAGCUGAGUCUGCAGUCCGGUGCCUGGAACUACAUCCUCGACUGCUGCUGUUAAACAUGCAUUACAAUCGAUAAUAUAUGAGGAAAAACAGGGUCUUGUACAUACGUUUUUUGCAAUUUCUUUGUAGCAUCGGUCUUCCUGUUUUACCCAUGUUCUCUUCCCAUACACAUUUUCGACUUUGUUUUAUAUGUCAUUGGAAUUUGUAUAUUUACAUUUUUUUAAUGAAGAGACUGCUGUAUAGAUAGGAAACUUUUUGGCUUCAUUAGUAUAGUUUUAGACUUUUUUUUUUUUGUUCGUUUUUAACCUCUCUUGGGAAUGCUUGGACAAAGCUAUGUUGAUAUCAGAUGCGCCAUCCAUUUUGUUGGCCUGCCUAGCCUGAUUCCUGAAGGCCAUGCCUGCUGCAAUUCACCUGUUUUGGGUAAUAUUUGUUCUUAGAAUGAUCCCAUCCCUCACUGAGAGCCUUUGUUUCAUUUCUUCCCCUGUAAUGUGCAUCACUCCCUGCUCUUACAAUGGCCCCAUUUGGGGUAACACUACAGUCUGAUCAUCUAACAUUUAACUUGGUAGAAACUUGUUAAACAGACUAUACCCAAUCUGUAUCAGUUGCUUCACAGUAGUCACUACAGAACAUGUAGAAAAUAGAGAUGGUUUGAUUUUUGCUUUCUUGGGGGAUUUAUUUUUUUGUUUUUGUUUUAAGAAUGAGUCAAUUGUCCCCCUUUUAUAAAUAUAAAAGCAAGCCCUAUUUUUAACACUUCCUGGAAAAGUAUUAAUGUGGUCGUGGAUUUUAUUUUUAAGCAUUUGACUUUUUUCUUUCCCUCCUUUAAAAACCCUGCAAAUAAGAUUAUUUCCAAUUUUUAGGAAAGCAAGACAAGUCAGGCAAUAGGCACUGAAGUGCAGUGAGUCCUGUUGAUAUUUACAGUGAUGAUUUCCAAACCAAAGGGGAAUAAAAAGGCAGUAUCUUAGAUGGUUGCCAUUAUGUAUUAAAGAAAGUGUUAUUUUCUGAAAAAGGAAGUGCAAAACAUUAUUUUGCUGUGGAUUGCAGAGUCCCCUUGUAUUUUAAUGUUCAAAAUUGUAUUUGCUUUAAAAUGAUAUAUUCAAGAUGAAAAAAUACUAUUUAAUUUGGUUUUAGCUUGUAACAAUAAGUAAAGCUUAAUUUUAACAUGAUUUCAGUAAGAACUCAGGCAAAGAAGAAAAAAAAAAACAAAACAUGAACACCAACAAAUAUAAUUGUUUUCAGAAUAAACUUUAUUUAUACAAAAUUAAUAUUUAAAUAAGACUUUGAAGUAUUAAAAACAAUUUAUUCACUUUAAUGAAUAAAUAAAUUAGUUUUAUUUUUUAUGUAUGUUUCUAUCUUUGAGGAGUUGCAGAUAAUGCGUUUACCAUGGUUGCCAGGGAAAAAACAAACCACUGUCUUUAUAUCUGGGCAUCUUUAAGACAAAUGAACCAAGCGACUUAUAUUUUAAAUAAAGGAAGAGUCCUUUAUGGUUUGAGAAAGAGCACAGAGCACUGUUGUAGCUGUACACGGUAUUCAGGCCAAGCUGUCUGCCAGUCUCUGCUAGCAGAAGCAGAAGAGCAGAGGCAGAAUUGCUGCUUGCAGCACACUCUCAUAGAGUCGUGGGUUUGAUUGACUCUGGCAAAAAUGUAGCUGGUAGCCUGGCAGACAAACCUGAUCGUCUGUUUCUGCAAUUAAUUAGCUUUAGGAAUUUUUAUGGUAGCUGACUGAUAUUAGCCAAUAUAAGGGAUGUGUGGGGUUUGUUCAUCUUAAUUGUCUCAAGGAGAAAAGUACAGCUUAUAAUAUUUUGGUCUUCUUAAUGAGAAGUAAUGAGUAGAGAAGAGGUAAACUGCAGUCUGGGGGAUGUUUGUGGGAGUAAUCCAGAGCUGACAGCGUGGGAGGAUGUAACUAUGAUCGUGUUGUGAAAGUCAAGAAGUCUCAGUAUGUGCAUAACAAGCCAAUAGAGCUUUGGGAUGUGCACUGAUUUUUGCUUGCUUUAAAAUGUUCAUUUCUCUGACAAUUUGCUCAAAUCCUUUUCUACCAUCUAUCAUGGUGUCUCCCUCUGGACAUGUGCCAAAUGUCCACAAAAUGGAAAUGAAGCUGCCAGGCCAGAUGAAAUUCUAAAAGAGCUUUGCACUUUUGUUUUCUUCAUAGUGUAAGAAAGCUAUUAUUUAUUCACUCUUACAGACACCUGUCAGGCACUGAUGGCAUUUUUCUUCAUUCAACUGAAUGCCAAAUGUACCAGUACCCUCUAAAAACAAUUUUUUUUUCUUUUUUCCUUCAUUUUCCUUCCCUCUUACAUACCCUGUAGAAAAGACUGGGAUGUGGAAUAAAUGUAGAAUGUAUCUAUCUGACCACAGUCAUUUUUAGGCAGUGUUAGGUAGUUUGUUCCUUAGCCACACGGGGAAUACUUUUCUGUUCUAUUUUAAUGCAAAUUUAAGCACUUUGAAUAGCAUGAUUCAGGGACUGAUGGAUACAAUUUGAUAUUCACAGUACUUUUUUAAAAAAAGAGAUUUUCUUUAUAAUACUUUUAUUAUAAUAUUAAAAAAAAAAUAAGAAGAAGGAAGGAAAGAAAGAGAGAGAGAAGGAAAGAAAAGAAGAAAGAAAGAAAUGUAGAAGCUAUCUAUUACUUCAAAAACAUUCCUUCUUAGUAUUCCUCCUCUAUGAACAGCUCAGCUCUGUGUGGGAAACAGUGAAGGAAACUGCUGUGUGUUCAACAUACUCUGUGUUUGACAAAAGUUCUAUUGGAACAAAAAAUAAAACGGAAAAACAUUAUCUUUCAUUGCCCUAGGGGUUAGGCUCCAUCCUUUAUUGGUGAAGGUGUUCCAGUUUUGACCCUACAGUCCGAAGUGUGCAUGCAAUAGACACAUUUAAGAUUUAGCCAUAAACAAAUAGCACUUUAUUUUUAAAACUACACAGUGUGAUGAUUGGAGAAACUUACUCUGGCUGGUCAAGGAUUUGGGGUCUGUAUACGUGGAUUCUAUGCACAUGAUUUACACAAAUGUGGCGCUUUAUAAGGCUCUGUAUUAUCAGGGUAAUCCUUGCUGUGAAACUAAAGGACUCUGCUAUAUAACCUAUGUACAACGUAUAAACCUAAUCAGUUUAUAAGUCCUGGCAGCACAUGCAGCUUGACAUAAAUGGAGAGCUGUAUAAGAUGAAGCUAAUUAUUUUGAAGACCAAGUGCAUUGCGAGGUCUGAUUCUGUUCUCAGUUGCAACAGUACAAUCUGAGAAUAGAUCUGAUAAAGCUGAAUGAGUAUAAUUUGAGUUUGUGUGAGAAAAGAAAAUUGGAAAGGCAAAAAGAAAAGGAAUUCACAUUUGAAGGCUGUUAUAAGCUGUGGUUGCAAAUUGUCUUCUGAAUUUUAGUAUGGACCCAGUUCUCACCCGGCUGCAAACAUUAAGAGCUUCCAAUGUGAUCUGGUUCAGAGCUAAAUACUCUUAUCUUUAGAUGCAAACUAAGAUUUUUCUAUUAUUAUACAGCUGUGAAAAUCAGAAGUAUGAUAUGUGAUUAAUGAUAAUUGAUUUCAAAAUAAUUGGAAAGCCUGUUUUAUUCGCUUGAUUAAAAUUUAAAAAAAUUUACUUUAAUAUUGUGCAUUAAUGACAUAUAAAUUAUAUAUAGAUCAGUAAGAUUGUACAAAACUGGCCUGGUAAACAGACUUCUUUCAUUCUUAAAAACAGUCAAGCUAGCAAGACUAAGAAGAAUUUAAUUAAGAUUCAGAAAAGAAAUAAAAAAUAACAGCAGUAAAGUAAGCCAAAAAAUAGGAUAAAGGCCAGUGGAGAAUAAAGGUCAAAGUACCUGCCUGUUCCUUGACUGUAUUGUGGCUUUUUUUGUCAUGCAAUGCGCUGUACUCUGGCUGACCUACAUAACGCAAUUGGUAUUUUUGGGGCCCAUCCAGAUUGAUGAGCAACACAAAUGUAUCCCCAUGUGCCUAAUAGACUCCUGAAUGAUUUGCACUUGUCAGUUGUCUAGCACAGAGAGUUUCUGUUGCAUGCACUAUUGUCAGAACAGAGAGGAUGGCAGAAACCUGACAGCGCUAAAAACAAUCUCUGUGGAAGGUUUAGUUUAUUAUCCAUUGUAAAUGUAUGCCUUCAAACUCACCCCCUAUCUGAUUUGCUGUUAUUAGAACACUUUAUAACCCAUUUUUCAGAUGAGCAAGAGGUCGGUUUGGCUAGAAACAGAAAAAUCUAAGCAUUUUCACAGCAAUAAAUCUGCUUGUAUAAUGAUUGCUUUUUUUUUCCUAUCAGUCGCAGCUCUUCACAUCCUAAAUAGCCCACUGAGUGGAGAUUGAAUGAUGGACAUUUGAGAUAUGAUCUGUCAUUUGAGAUUCAUUACAGGGUUUGUAUAUUGGACUUAGUACCAAACUGCCACUUCUGAUGUCAUUUUGCUGGGCUAUUUCCUUUUCACUCUGGCUAUAACCUCAAAGAAAAUGUGUUGGCAGCCUUGUAUUCCUCUAGCUGGCCUUUGUUUGAUGGUCCAGAACUAGGAAUUGUUGCCCUGGGAAGUAAAGCUAAUUUAAAUGUUUCUGCUCUCAAGAGCUUUCCUAUGCUUUUUGUUUGUUUAUAUUGUUUGUGACAUUUCUGAUCUUUGCUCUGGACCAAUAAACAUUGUAGAUGGGAGGUCAAUUGAGCUAUGUAGUAGUCAAAGCAUAAAUUACAAAAGCAGGCCUGAUAACUUGUUUGAAACGUACAAAUUCUGCAGCUGAUCAUAUUACCAAAAAUUAGCACACUGAGCUAUAGAACUGUUGAAGAUAAGUGUUCUGUUUAUUACUACAACUGUCUUCAGUUCAAGAGCAUUCUUACAUUAAAAAACCAAUACCCUAGAUAAAAUAAUUUCAGAAGCAUUCGGUUGUUAAAAAUAUAUAAUUUGGUAGAGUAUGAAUAAUAUGAUUCUCUAAGAACUAAAUGGUAUAGGAAGUAGGUAAUCUUCUUCUAUUAUUGAGCUUAAAGUAAGUACAAACACCUCUUUGCCUGGUCGCUCUGGUAUUAAGAAAAGAACCUGAAGUUAAAUUUCAGAGCCAAGAAUUUGAAGGGGAUAUUCUUUAUAUUAUUUUACUAAGACGUAUCUCUUACCAACCAAGGCAUGACAGAAUGAACUCAAAAAUUACUCCAGAAAUAAAAUGGAUAUAUUUUUUUAACAUUACUACAUUAUUUUUCUCUUUUCUUUUUUUUUCUUCUUUUUUUUCUUUUUAACCGAAUGUUAGCUCUUUUCCGUCCUCUCCAGUCAUUCAGAUAAAAUAAAUGCCUACUAAGCCCUCAGUCCCUAGUACAUUUGGUGGUGGAUAAGGCAGUGCAAGAUGGUGGAAGGGGCUGCAGCACAUGACCACAGUUGAGGAACUCUGCAGACCUGAAGUACCCACAGGGUCAUUUGGCUGUCAUGCUUAGUCAGGAGGAUAUAAAUGAAACUACAGUCUCAAUACAUCACCACAUUUCUCCUGCUGUAGGAGUGAAAACAAAGAUGAGCCUAGAAAGAGAUUGUCUUAUCUGGUUAGGGUGCAGUCCAGUAAAAGACAGUUAGAAGAAACAGCUGUGAGGAUCAGAUAACCUCAAAUCUGGACUCCCUCACAGCAGCUCCCAUCCCAUCCAACCCCAUCCCAUUGUUUUCUCUGCACUUGCCUUGUAGGGUGUAUUAGAAGUACAAAGUUUGCUGUGAACCCUCGGAUUGGAGUACAUGUGAAAAGUCUUCGCAGGAAGUACAUUUCUUCUCUCCUGUGAAGAGAGCAAAGCAAAGCAGGAGCAAAGCAUUAUAUAUAUUUGUGUGUAUGUGCUCUUAGUUCACAAACCAUUUUUUACAUCUCCACAGAAUGCACGUUUGAGGUAAUAUCCUGACACUUCCUGUGAAGUGAAAAGGAGGUUUUAGAAGGUCAGUUUGGGCUCAAAAUAUUCUCACACUUCUGCUACAUAGCUCCAGGGUGUGAACAGACACUCAAAGAAAUAAAUAAAAAUAAACAAAUAAAGCAAAAUAGCAAUUCAGUUCCUAAGCCCUAUUUCAAGCAAUUAUUCAGGGCUGCUUCUUCCAAAGCAGACUGUUUUUUCUUGCAGUUUCGUAGGAAAGUUUUAAAUUUUCUUUUCAUUACUUGCAUGACAGGUAAAUCACAGGGAGAUUAUACUUUUUUUUUUAGAAAGCUCCAUCCUUCAUUGCAAGUUUAAGAUGCAAAUGACAAUGAAUAUACAGACUUAGAAGAAAUUGUUUGCUGCAGUUAGUAUUCUCAGGUGAACACUGCAACUCUAAUUAAGUUCUUAGGGACAUUUCAGUAGACAAUUUAAACAAUUAGUAUUAUGUGUAUAACUCCAGCAUCACAUUAGAGUGUUGGACAUUUGUCUUCUUAAAACCUAGGCAACUUAAAAUGGAACAAUUAUGUAAAUACAAAGCAGAGAGGGAAACAGCUACACAACUAUCUCCUCAUCUAUCUCAACAAAUUGUUCAGUGACAUCAGGUUCUUUCUUUGAGAUUACCAACCUAUGUCUACCUCAGCUAAACACAUGAAUCAUUGCAAAUCAUGAAGACAUCUGGGGAAAAAUUGUUGCACUAGGCACACUCAAAUAUUUGUUACAUCCCAAAACAGAUUUCAUGCUUUUCUAUGCCUGCACAUAAGUAUUUAAAUGUGUAAUUGUUUAAUCAUAGAACAAUGCAACAAAAUAAGUAGCCUUUUCAUAAAAAUUGAAGGAAGCCCCAAACAUCUGUGUUUGUCUGGAGGACCAUAUCUUCCAUAUAUUGCAAAAUGAAGACAAGCUUUUAAUCAGAUCAUUGCUAAGUAGCACCGUGACACAGUUGGGUAGCUGGAGGUGACAGAGGAUGUGAGGAACACAGUGCAGACCUUUGCUGAUCAUGGCAUGGUGAUACGUGAUGAACUCUCAACCAGUCCUGCUGUCAUGGGUGAUUACAAACAUUCUUUGCCUGUAGGACACUAAAUACUCAAAUUUCUCAGGUACUUCCUUCCCAUCUUGAGUGCUAUCUGAAGUCAUUUGUAUAAUCUUGCUAGAGGUAGAAAAUGUUCUUUCUACAUGACAAGAUCUACCUGAAUCACAGGAAUAUCUGCCAGAGUUCCUGUCAUGGUGUAUAAUAAUUUGUGUUGAUUGGGUUUAUCUCCUAUUUUCUGCACUUACAUUUUCACUAUUCUUGUCUCAUAAACAAGACAAGCUAUUCAAUGCUAUACAUGUCAAUGCUAUAUAUGAAAGAGCAUUUCUACUGUUUUUUGUUCUUUUUUCUUUUUUUUUUUACUGUUUGAUAUUUUUAAGAUAGAUAAACAUCAGCAAAGACUCUUGACAACUUGAUCUUUAUGACAUGUUGGAGAAAAUAUCUUUGUUCCUUCAUCUUAAGCAUGAUAUGCUUCUUUUAGGACCUUGGAAAAGAGCAGUCUAGAAAAUAAGGGGCUGGGGACAGACUGAUUGAUCUAUAGGUAUUAUUUGCAAAGAUGUUUUUACUCCUUGUUGCUCUCCAUACUAUUUUUUGUUUCAUUUAGUUUGUUUUUCAUAAGGAGAUAGACAGCAAGACUGAGGAGGUAUCAUUGCAAUACAUUAGACUAGUGAGGGCAUAAAUACCUUGAAAAGAAAGUAGGUGAGCUCCAGAGAACUGAAAGUCUUCUACCUGUGUAUAGGUAAUUGGUUCAAAGAGCUGCUGGAUUUCCUCUGCUCUCACUUUAGUCAGUUCUCCACCUCAAAGACACUUCAACAAAGGUGUUUCAAAUGGGAAAAUAGUGCUUUCAGGUGCUCCUCUCCAAAAUGCAUGGGCUCGAACGCAGUGAGUUUGAUGCUACACACUCACAGUUCGAUUAAGAUUCUGUGAGAAACCUGAACUUUCUUUCUUUCAGUUUGUUCUGAUUGCCAUCUUUUGGCUUGCUAAGAUUCUCCACAGACUCAAAGACUAAAAUCAGUUAUAAAUCAGUUAAAAUCAGAUAAAAUCAGUUUUCUCUCAAGGUUAAUAAAUGAUUACCUAUAGUAUCAUCACUGGUUGUUUUGAAUAGCUGACUAGAAAAUACUAAUUUGCACCUUUUUCCUUCUCUUCCUCCUAUCCUCGUGCCCAAGAUAAUCACCAUUUAUAACUUUUUCUAAAUGUCCAUUGAAGAUCUGAUUUAGCCUUUUUACUGAGUCAGCAAGCACAGACGUAAUUAUAUAUAACAUCUUGAUUUCAUUGUGAAGACUUGCAGACUCAUUAAUGCUUUUAUCUUAUUCCUGUCCAGAAGCAAAUAAUAUUAAAGUAGGCAACUGCACAAUGUUGGGCAGUGGUGUGACAACCAAUGUAGUUAGUGACGUGAAGAUACUAAGAGACAAAAUACUAAUCUUAGAUCAUACAAAAAUAAAUAAAUAAAUAAAUAAAUAAAUUAAACAUUCCUCCCAACAUUACUUCUUAAAUCCAGCGAUGUAGUUUAAAUCAAUUUUUAGUCACAUAUGAAUUUUGCAAAUAAAGCACAGUAUUAAGUCUGUGCAGCUACUAGUGUCAUGUUACCAUUCAUAAUACAAUAAUACAAUAAAUGUAAGCAAAUGAACCAUCUCACAGGUAAACAUUUUAUUAAUAUAUAGUACAUAUGUAGAUCACUCUGAAAGUAAUGCCUCCUAUUUAUUUCCAUGGAAACUACAAUAGUUCAAAGAGAACAAUAACACUAUAAGACUGAGAAAAUUCUCAGCUACAAAACAAUGUUUUUCAACAGUCACCACCAACAGCUAUGCAUUUUUUGCACCAGCAGAGCUUACCCACUGUUUCACGGCUGCUAUGGCAGUGUUCUUGCUAAGAUAUGUGUAGCCCAUGGAGUCAAUCCUUCACCAGCCCAAACAGAUGAAAGUCAGAAGGUGCCAAAUCCAGACUGUACCACUGCUGUGGUAGGACAGUCCAGCCAAGAGUGCCAAUGUGCUCCAUGGUCUUCAAACUGAUGUUUUGGGGUUCUGGUGUUAUCGUGUUGCAAUAGAAAGGGUAUCUUUUUCUUUGUGUUGACUCUGAAAGUUCAAGGCUUAGUCACGUUGUGAUGUAGCAGUCACAGUUGAUGCUUUGUCUGGGUUUCUGGAAAUCCUUCAGGAAUUGCCCCUUUUCCAUGUCAAAAGACAAUGCACAUGCCUUUACCCAGUAAGGGCUAUGUCUUGAACUUUUUCUUUGAUGGGGAAUUCACAUGUCAUCAGUCCAUGGCCAAUAUUCAGCUCCAUACACAGAUUGCUGGUCGGAAUCCACCAAUGAGUGCAGAUGAGCUGAUGGAGACCUUCAUAUUGCGGUAUGACAGCUGUACAGACCUGUCCAGAAUGUGAUUUGUCUUUCAUGGCAUGCCUAAAUUCUUCACCCCUUCAUCUCACCAUGCUGACAUACACUGUUUUGUCUCCAAAAACAUUCAGCAAGCAUCAGUGAGUGUCAAUUUUUUCCACAUAGAUAAAUUGAAUGCCACAUCUUUGCUUCACUUCACUUCAGUGUUGGACACCAUUGUGUCCGACUGCCCCUCUGCUGCCAUCUCUCUCAUGGCAACAAUAUAUAACAGGAUCUUGGUGGGAAAGUUCAACCUCUACUGCUGUACCACAAACAUCCACCUCUAAUGUCGUGAGCCAAAGUCAUAAAAUAGGAGGCAUUAUCUUCAGAGCAGUGCUUGUAACUGCACUUUCUUCAGAAGAUAAGAAAGCAAAAUGACCAAAAACUUUACAAGAAAGAACAAGUGCCUACUUGCAAUAGUAAAAGAAAUACUGCAGCAGUUUCACUUUUACAAACAGCUGCAAAUGCAAUACAAAUAAAGAAAGAUAAAUCUGUAGAGAAAUACUUGAUAGCGUAAGUGCAGCAUCUUUUUGCUAUAAACAAUUUGUUCAGUGGAUUUAGCUUUCUUAAUUUUAUUUAGCUCUGGAGGAGCUGAUUCUACAUAAGCACAGUGCAACACAGAACUCAUGUAACAGUCUCUUCUUGAGAGUGCACUAUUCAAAGCAAAUUGCUGGAAAGCACUUUAUUGCAAAAGCUUUCAGUUGGCCUUCCAACAUACUAGGAACAGUAGAUGAAGUGCUCUGUAUCUCCUGCUAAGUACAUGUAUGCACAUUACAGGUGUAAAGUUAUAUUCACCAACUUUACAAAGUUUGCAUUGAUGGAAAUAAGCAAGUACCAUCCUGAGCUUUGAGAUCAUUCUUAAUUUGCUCUGUGGUUGACAGAAGUCAGAAAUUAUUCUACACAAGUCAAGAGUAUUAAUACAGUGUCUGAUCAGAAUGAAGAAGAGCAGAAUCCAGCCCAGAGCUGACAAACAUAGAUUUCUGAUUAUUCCACAAUUUAAUUUUCAAGUUCGGAAUCAUUGCCUUUUCCAAAUGUCCAUUACUGUUGCUAUAUAAACCACAGAUUAACAUAUGCAUACAUAUCAAGCUUUUCUUUAAGUCUGCAGGUAUGGUGGAAAGCUGGAAACUUUAUAGACUUUGUGCAGAAUCAUUGAAGUUAAAACAGAAACACAAAAGUAGAGGCACAUCAAUAAUUAUAUUUAUGGAUAUUGUAUAUUAAGAUAUUUUACUUAAAGAGAUCAACUUAUAUUUAUUUUUUAAAAAAAUAGAUGGGUCAUAGCUAAGAACAACUGCAUUUUUGUAAUAAUCAUGUACACAUUGCUGAGAAGCAAGAAAGGUGUGAUCAAAAUGUUGUCUAGUUUCAGUGUAUAUUACUUUAAAAAGAAACACGUUUGAUCUUACAGUAAACCUUCAGAAAAUUCAACAAGACUGGUAUAUAAAGCAAAACAGCUCAUUGUAAUAAGUAUAGGACAUUAAAACUUCUUGUAUUUUCUUCAAUUUUUAUUCUUAUGGGAGAAAUGAUAUCACUCACUAAAUAUGAAUGCUGCACAUGUUAGCAAUAGAAAUAUUGAUUUUUGUAAUUUUGCACUUGCCUUAACUUUUCCACACAUAUAUACACAAUUAACAUAUGUAGGGGGAAAAAAAACAAAAACACAACAUAAUUGAGGGAAAUAAAACCCACAAAAGUAGGCAAGUUCUGUAUCAGAUAUAAUUUUUUGUAUUAUUUAAUGAAUAAUGACACAUGAACAUACUAGAAUCCUUGUGAAGAGUAUAGGAGCACAUGAUGCUGUAGGUUUGUUAAAGCACAAGGUGUACUUUGUCUAGAUUAAAAAAAAAAAAAGAAAGAAACAACAACAAAAAAACUUUUUGUGUGACUUUGCUUUAGGUUUAAGAAAGUUGGAUGUUUAAAAAAUAUCUUUAUUACUUGAAUAUGAAUAUUUUUGUAUUAUAAUAUCUGAAGAAGGUUUUAAAAGAAACAAAAAAUAUAACCUACUUGCUUUAUGGUGUGCAACUUUUAGAGAAAAAUAAACAGGGUAUGUGUCCAGUUUGUAAAAAAAAUGUUCUCCUUUCAAGAUUACUCUUUCACUGGCUAAAUGCAAGGUUAUGACAACUUGAAAUACUUUUUUUUUUUUUUCUUUUUUUUUGUGAACCAACAAAAAAAUAAAGCAAUGUGAGUAAGUUGCGUAUGCAAACUUUUUUAAAAGGAUUUUUUUUUCUAAUGGCAAUAUGAAUUUAACAACAUAAUAGGAAAGGCUUGGAAGGUUCCAGUUCUAUGGUUUGACUUGCAUGACAUAGUGGGCUAGAGAAUAUGCAUGGGUUAAGUUGGUACAGCUCCAACCAGAUGCAAUGGAACUGCUCUGGCUUACAUCAGGAGGAAACGUGACCUUUUGUGUAAGAGUACAUACAACAGUAAAAGUCCCUCCAUUAAUAUUUUCCUUCCUUUUGUUUUCCUUUUGUUCUACUGUUUUGUUUCUUGUGUAUGAGGCAUAUAUUCUAUGUCUAUAAUUUUCUUAAAAACACAAAGGGUGAUGGAUUUGCUUAUGAUAAAUCAAGUAGUACAGUCUCACAACUCUCUGAGGGAAAGACUGAGUGCAAGCCUGUGUUGGACAUCUGCAUUCCUCCAUUUUUCCACCAUUUUAGCUCCUCUGGAACCACAGGGUAGCCAAGGAAAAGACAAAUAUGGCAGUGAGUAGGUUUUUUUGGUGCUUGUGUGGUGUGUAUGAACAGAGUGGGAGAGCCUGAGUGAUAAUGGAACCGUAGAGAAAUAGAACCAGCUCAUCACCACAAUGUUAUCAUUGUACACAUGAAAGUUAACAAGAAAAUGUCCAAACAAGCAUUAUUGAAAACCUGAAUUCUUGUUUUUCCUUUUUAAAUUUGGUGAAUGCCUGAGUCAGGAAAAAUUCCAUCCUUGAUUUUCUGAAUAAACUAUAAGGUCCAUGGUUCUUUUCUUGACUGCAGUGGCAUAAAUCAGGAGUAUCACUAUCCAGUGCAAUGGGUUAGGAUUCAUCUUACAGUCACUUGACAUGGAAUCAUUGUCUUAUUAGCUUUUCCAUCAAGACCCUCUUCUCCUCAACUUUCUGAAAGAUGUAAGAAGCAUUUUACUUAUUUCCACUCUUCCAUUUUAUUUGAUUUUUUCAUUUGUAUAAACCUUCAGAUUCCAAGAGGAUUGUUCCAUAUUUGAAACUCUGUGACGCAAGAACUUUAAACACUGCAGUAAGGGAUAGGCAGCACAUCACAGUAGUUCUUACAGAGUCUGAACAUAUGCCAUAGCUGGAACUUAAGUUUGCAGAAGAGAUAGCAUUCUUCUUGAAUCAGGGGCCCAGACCAUAGAUCUGCUGAUGUGGUUUCAGUUCACGAGUGUCAGAAGACUUUGAAGACAUGACAAAUGGAUCAAUUUACCUGCAGCAACAUGUAUUUAAACACAUUUUUUAUAAAACCAUUUUAUUUUGCAACUGGAGUCUGGAGCCCGGAGUCAAGCUGACUUAUUUUACAAGAUAUUGUUUCUGCCGACAGUCACCUUUUGUAAUUUGAAGCUGCCUGUUACAUCUACUUCUCAUGAAAUUUUUAUAUUUGCCAUUUGAAAUAUCAGUAAGACCAUCUGGUUAAAAAAUCAUAGUUUAACCAAUAUCAGUGUGAUUCAUUGGCCUGGUACGGUGGCAAGAAAUGUAUUUAGCAUUCUGUUAAACAUCAUAUGAAUUACAAUUGCUCAACUGUCAGCAUGUCAAGUGCACAGAACUAUGGGAUCCACUGUAAAUUCAAAAUAUUUAUGUAUAUUUAGUUACAUUUUUUAAAAUAUUGCUAUUAAACAGACAUUAAUAAAAAAAUAAAUAACAGAGGAUUCUAUUCUUUACUACAUUACUCUGCAUUCCUUACUGCUCUUGGACUUACUAUGAGAUGAAUACAAAUGCGGGAAUUAUGUUAAUUUCUGGUAUUCUUUCCCAAAAUUAUACAUAUGUAAAUGAGGAAGCACGCCAUAUAAUGCUGCAUACUUGAGGAGAGACAACCAAAGGAAAAAGUAAGUAAGUAAGUAAGAUUUCUUGAAAGGCACUCGAGUUCUGAUUCCAAAAUGUAAAUAAAUACAGAGUAAAAAGACAAACAGAAAAGGAAAAAAGAGAAACAGUGAGCUCCAAAUGAAAAUACUUUGAGUUCUUCUGGCAAGCUUGCUUGGAGACUUCUGACUUGCAUCACUGAGAGGGGCAAACUGAGACUACACAUAUCAUGACUGACAAAAUUGCAGAAUCAUUCCUUUUCUACUACUAUGAUUUCUGAACUGCUUUACAUUCCAGUUACAUUCAGCAUAAAGUGAUAUUCGCACCACAAAAUCAAAUUGCUCUUCUAUUAGGUCAUAAUCACUGAUGGAACUUAACCAGUUUAGUAUAUUCUCCAUACUUACAUUAUAGGGGAUUAUGCAUCAAACAAAGUGAAGUUAGGACAGAUUAUCUGCCCUUUUGGCUACAAUGGUGACAGCUGUCAGAAGCAAACAGUCCAAAUAUUUGACAUGGGAACAUACCAUGGCUUCUCUUACUGCAACACUGGGUAUGCAGACAGCGACAGCCAUUCGAGAGAUUUUGUUUCCAGCAUUUGUAAUUCUGCACGCUGUAGGAGCAUCGUAAGUACUAGUCUGACUGGAAAGAGUGUAA